GAGUAGAUCCUGAAUUACAUCGUAGUCUCACAUAUAUAUUGGAAAAUAAACUUGAUAAAGAUAUAAUUGAUACUACUUUUGCGGUCGAAGAAAGUAGCUCUGGUGUAUUAAAAUUGCAUGAGCUCAAAACUGGUGGACAAAAUAUUCAGCUCACAGAAGAUAAUAAAAAAGAAUAUGUCGAGUAUGUUAAUGGAUGGUUACCUUUGUAUAUUAUGUUAAUAUUUAAUAGUAUAAUACAAACUACAAUUUAAAUGUAUUUAGAUUAUACGUUACGUACAAAUUUAUGAGAAGAAUUGAACAACAGUUUUUGGCAUUGCAAAAAGGCUUAACUGAAGUAGUUCCUGGAACAUUGCUAGAGCCUUUUGAUGAACGUGAGAUUGAAUUAAUUAUCAGUGGUAUUGACACUAUUGAUAUUGAAGAUUGGAAGCGUAAUACUAAGCUCGAAGUGAUUAUUUUUUUAUACUUAAAAAUCUAACAGUUAAAAAUAGUCUCAAAUUAAUAUUAUUUCAUAUUUUAUAUUCAGCAUUGUGAAUCAGAUAUGCCUGUGGUGAAAUGGUUUUGGGAAAUAAUUGAACAAGACUAUAGUCAAGAAAUGCGUGUCAGGCUGUUAAAAUUUGUCACUGGAA